AUGGAAAUAAUACGAAUGCCCGUCGAGCUGUUGAAUGAGAUCUUCAUGAAGCUGCGCGCUGACGGUCUCCUGAACUUGCUUCCGGUUGCGCUGGUGUCGCGCCAUUUCUACAGAAUAGUGACACCGCUGACCUAUCAGACUAUCUAUAUUGACAUCUCUGGCUGUACCUACCCUCACCCCCACGUGGAGGACCACACGCCUACCAAACGGCCUCUCAGCACGCUUAUCUCACGGCUCUCUGCUGGACCCGCGGUCCUUGCUUUGGUCAGAAACAUUCAUGUCUUUGGCCGUGACGGAGUUCAUCCAGGUGCUCUAGAGCUAUUGAUAGGCUGGCUCCCCAAACUCCGUCAGCUAAGUUCGUUUUCCUGGAAUUGCGACGGUUCUUUUCCACCGAGUCUGCUCACAAGCCUCGGUCAGCACUGGCCAAAAGCUCACCUAGACAUGCGUACAAGCUUUUCCAAGUGCGACAUCAAAAAGGAUUGGAAAGUCCUCAGGCUAGCUCCAAACAUGCUACGUUCGCUCCAUGUCUGCAUGCCCAACUAUCCAUAUGACAGAGUCGGAAAAGAGGCCCGUGUGGCAAAGAGCAAGCUUUUGUGGGCACUAAGAAGUUGUCCAGGUUUACACAGCCUUACUACGUAUGAUCCCAAUGUUUACAGGAAUAAUCGCGGCCUUGGAGCAUCGGAACCAUGGCAUGAUUUGAAGCCUGAGUUUCUUCUACCUCAACUCGCGGAACUUACGAUUGCAGACAGAACUUUUGAGGUAGACGAUCUGUUGAAGUGGGGAGCAAAAGGAGGUUGGACAAAGUUGAUUAAGAUCACACUCUGGGAUGACCGCCUCCUGUACGGUUUCCAAGGCUGCGAGCAAUCCUUGCGAUCAAUCAGUCUCCUCCACACGAAAGCAGAAAAUGAGAAUGCUCUCGUAUCAAUAUGCUCGCGAACCAUCAGACUCACGGAAUUGAAGAUAAAGACCGAAGAGUCUCGACUUCCAUUCUCAGCCUUAAUGAUCUGCGGACCUUCGUUGGAAACGCUUGCGAUCCAUCCCCACCGAGACGCUUUAGACAAUUGGAUAAAUAUGCAAGAUGUUCCGCUUUGUCUUCUACAGGCUAUCCAACGCCUCUGUCCAGGGUUGACCAACUUGGCGUUGAACCUCCGUUGGCCUCCUGAUAACCCGGCAAGUCUCCAGACCUAA